GGAAGUUAUCCGUAAUAGGAACCACGGCAGUUCUACACUUGGUGUACUUUUUAGAUGAGAUAGAUUCACGACAAUGUCUAAUCCACAGCACCCAGAGACCACCACAUCGUCCAGCCUCGUCCCAGCUCCAAGCGGGGGGAUUGUACAACAGAGUCACGCUGCGGCUGCUAACGAAACAGACGUAGUCGCCAGUACCUCCACGGCUAUUGCUGUUCCGGGUGGUGCCGGCACCAGGAGUACUGCAGCAGCAGCCAGCGGUGGAAAUGUAGUGGCGCUACAAACCACCGCUACACUGACUGCCACCGGCCAAAUAGUUCACGUAAGCGAGGAUGCGCGGGCCAAGUUAAUGUUUUAUCUAAGCAAUAUUUCAUCCGUCUUCGAUGAGUUUUACAUCAUGUGCAUGUUGAUUCUGAAACUCGAGUCAUCAGAAGAAAUUUCUCCUCUCCUGGAUUACGAGAAAUUUCGUAAACUUACAACAAAACAAUGCGAUCAAAUGCUAACAUUGUGUGCCGUGUUAACUCCGGAUUUGUUUAUCAACAAAUGCAUUUUUGAGGAUGCUGCAAAAUGUGGAGAUUAUACUAAUGAGUUUUUCAACCUCGAAGAAGUUGAAAAAUCUCUUGCCAUUCAAAACGAGGUGGUUAUCAGGGGAGAAAAACGCCAUAUAUCAAAAAUUAUGUACUAUAAGCCAGCUUAUCUUACGCAAAAUUAUUUUGAACCGAUGAGGCACUUGGAACAUCGCUUGAGAGCAAUUCGACGAGGUGACAAAGAGGAGACCUUCUUCGAAAACUACAAGGUCCACCUGCUGAUGUCUCUGGUGUUUCCUUUCUGGCUUGUCGUCUGGGCUGCUUUGUGUGUUUACGAUAGUCAUCCAACCGAUGCGACUCCAGAAGUUGUGCCUUGAGCUUAGAGCGACUAUGUUGGAAUUCUCUGUGUACUCGACACUCUAAUAAUGGCGUGUUUUGAUAUUUAGUUUUACGUAUGCUAUUGAUAUAUUUUUUUUGUUGUUGGUCGGGAAUCAUUAUGUUUAUUAUAUUACAAAUAAUUUAACAUGUAUCGACUGAUCGGUAAUGUUUACAGUCGACUAUUUGUACGCUACAAACUUAUUCCGGAUAAGUACGCUGGAAAAAAACACGCGUUGUAUGUUUACAUAAAUAAAUAAAAACGACAAAUAUAAGUAAUAUUUGAAGGUUUUGGUUAAGAAAUUGUAAUCCGUGUAAAAUUGAAAGUUUAUUAUUAUCAGCUGACAGGAGGCGAGUGAUAGUGUUAUGGUUUUAGAAAGAUGACCGGGAUUCACUGCGGACCUACAUUAUAGAAUAAUAAUUUAUACUCGUAUAAUCCAAAGUCAUAAUUUAAUUAUUCUAUUAAUUGAAUUACGGUUUUUACAUAUAUUUAAUCACAAUUUUGAUAAAUAACCAUGAUUUUUACAUGUUGUAUAAAUACAGAAUCUGAGAACUCGUGAUACAAUAUGUAUUUACUUUCGCAUUAAAGUUUUUGGUUUUAUUUUAAGUAA